AUGAUGAAGAAGAUAUAUCGGAUAAGUCAACUUCCAGAUGAGAAGCUUUGUUGUAUCUUAUCGUUUUUAAUGCUCAAUGAAGCUGGAAGAACAAGUGUUCUGUCGAAAAGAUGGAAGAACGUGUGGACUUAUACGGAUGAUCUUGAGUUUGAUGCAUUCAUUAGUACAUCUUUCGAGAUGUUAACUGAUGAUGAGUACGUGAAUGAAAUAAUAAGGGGAAGGCCCAAGUUUGUUAACUUGGCAGAACUGAAUAAGUGGCUUCAGUAUGCCUUUGAUAAGAGAGUCCAAAAGUUGGAAGUGAAUGUGUCAGAAACUGACCAAUUCGUCCCUGGCAACUAUAAUUUUUCUUGUGCACUUUUGGAACAAAGAGGUUGGAACUCUCUUAAAGGAUUGAUGUUGGCAAAUGUCUCGGUCUCUGGUGCCACUCUUGAAUCCCUUAUGCGCGACUGCAAAUAUCUUGAAAGUUUGGUUGUGCAUCACUCUAACGUUUUAACAACUUUGCAAGUUUGUGGUCUGUCUCUUGCAUUACAAAACUUGGAAAUUCACUUUUGUCCGUCGUUGAAAUCCCUCACUAUAAGCAAUGUUAAUCUUAUCUCUCUUAAGAUUGGGAGGCCAAGAGUAGCAGUGAUUAAGAAUAAUGUCCCCAAGCUUGCUCAUACUGAGAUCCUCUCUACAUCUUACACUGUUGAAGAUGUUGUUGUCACUUCCUUUCAAACAGCUUCUCAAAGCUGGAGGUUCUGUCCUUAA